UAAAACCAACUAUCAAUGUAUGCAGAAAAAUAGAGGUCAGGUCCAAGUACUAGUGUAACCACUGUAGGGCGUGACUAUUGGGGAGGGGAUGGGAUGAGAGGAAAUGGCAGAAAGUAAGUUUCCAGCUGUUUCAGCUAGGCGUUUUGUGUGGUCCCAUUAUCCUGAUUGUGGGUUCCCGGGUCGUGUCAAUCACUGUGCAGUCCUUGCUCGUAAUGGCAAAGACGGUACAAGCUACAUGUACUCUCUUGGUGGCUUCCAUGCAACUGAUGAAGAAAGAGUAGAAACACUGCCAGACUUUGGUACAGGACCAAUUGAUAUUUUGUGCAUGGACAUUGCUACUUGUAACUGGGUGAACAUUGAUUGUGUUUCUAAGACUGAGAACAAAGAUAUCCCGAUCAGAGGAGGGGUACCGCCCCGUCGCUAUGGACACGCCUGCGUUGCCUAUGGGGACAAGAUAUUUAUGUAUGGUGGGUUUAACGACGACGAUGGCUCCUUUAGAGUGAUGGAGUGUUUUGAUGUAACCCGAUCAAUGUGGUUAAAGAUACAUGCUACUGCUGAAGGAUGCUCAUUACCUCAACCAAGAGAUGGACAUGCAUGUACUGCGAAUGGUAACAUCAUGUACAUGCAUGGAGGAUUCAAUCCAGACGAUUCAUAUAGUUUCAUAGAUGAUUUCCAUGCGUUUAAUAUGGACACUCACACUUGGACGCUAUUACCACAAGACAAUGAUGAACUUUUAUACAGAGAUUUUCAUACUUUAACAUACAUUAAAGGAGCACUUGUUCUAUUCGGUGGACGAACUGAUGUAUUUGCGCCAAUGUUCAGUAAUCAAGAUGCUUAUGAAACAAAUUUUCACGAAUACAUACUUGAUGAGAAGAAAUGGACUGUAGUGGAGCCAAGUGGCUACCAGCCUGAAGGAAGGAGGAGCCAUUGUGCAGUCAGGUACUCCGAGAAUAAGGUUUUAUAUUUUGGUGGAUAUAACUCUUUAAGUGAGAGGCACUUUAACGACAUCUUCAUUUAUGAUUCUCUUAAUCGUCACGUGACUGAGAUUAAACCUUAUGGCAUCCCUCCUGUCCCUCGUAGAAGAUCCGGUCAUUGUAUCAUUAACAGUGAGGUCAUAUUCUGUGGCGGAACAAGUCCUAUAGAAAUUAUGAUUAAGGAAAGGAAGCGGAAAAUUUUGCACGAUCAUUCUGAUACAUUUGUACUGUCACUUUUACCAACAUUACAGCAGCUGGCUAUGAUAGUUGUGAAAGAACUUGAGUUGGAUGCAGCUGUCCUUCCUAUACACAUUAGACAGCAGCUAUGUAUAAUAUGCAAUAACUUAGAACUCCGCCCAAAAACUCUCCUCAAAAUUAUGGCUGCAAAGAAGACAGUAGUGAGGCGUUUUGUUUGGUCUCAAUACCCUGACUGUGGUUUCCCACUGCGUGUCAACCACUGCUCAGUCAUAGCUCGCAAUGGUAGAGACGGUAGGGACUACAUGUACUCCAUUGGGGGGUUUCAUGAAACUGAUGAAGAGAAGGAGAAGAGAAUAAUAUAUGAUGACAAUCCUUAUUUUAACACUGGUCCCAUUGAUAUGUACUGUAUGGACAUUGCAACUUGUAAUUGGGUUGAAGUGAACUUUAUUUGUGGUGAUGCAAAGAAAGAAGAGGUUCCUCCAAUCAGAGGAGGGGUACCGCCCCGUCGCUAUGGACACGCCUGCGUUGCCUAUGGUGACAAGAUAUUCAUGUAUGGAGGCCGUAAUGACGACGAUGGCUCCUUUAGAGUGAUGGAGUGUUUUGAUAUAACCCGAUCAAUGUGGUUAAAAAUACAUGCUACUGCUGAAGGAUGCUCGUUACCAAGGUCAAGAGAUGGACAUGCAUGUACUGCGAAUGGUAACAUCAUGUACAUGCAUGGAGGAUUAGAUGUUGGAAGUUAUAGACACACUAAUGAUCUUUAUGCAUUUGAUAUGGAUACUUAUAUUUGGACAUUAUUACCUCAAAACAGCGAUCGUCAUAUCGCAGGUAGAGAUUUUCACACUGCAACUCUUGUUGAUGGAAAGAUUGUCGCCUUUGGAGGACGAUGUAAUGAAAUCAGAUACGAAAAGGCCUUCUUUGAAUAUUCAUUAAAUAAGAAGAAAUGGACUAUAGUCGAGCCAAGUGGCUACCAACCUGAAGGAAGGAGGAGCCAUUGUGCCGUCAGGUACUCUGAGAAUAAGGUUUUAUAUUUUGGUGGGUAUAACUCUAAAAUUGAGAGACACUUUAAUGACGUCUUCAUUUAUGAUUCUCUUAACCAGCAUACAGUUGAAGUUAUACCUUUUGGUAUACCUCCUGUCCCUCGUAGAAGGUGUGGGUAUUGUAUUAUUAACAAUGAGGUCAUAUUCUGUGGAGGAACAAGUCCUAGAGAUAUGAUUAUUAAUGGAGAGAAGCGUUCAGUUUUACAUGAUCAUUCUGACACAAUUGUCCUCUCACUUUUACCAACGUUGCAGCAGCUGGCUAUGAUAGCUGUGAAAGAACUUGAGUUGGAUGCAGCUGUCCUUCCUAUACACAUUAGACAGCAGCUACAAAAUUUUUAACUGAAUUUAGCACGAGGCUUUCAUUAUUCUUCUGUUUUUAUAUUUAUUUAUUUAUUUGGCAAUGUAAAAGUAUAAAAGUUUGAUCAUA